GAUUUACUUUAAGAUACGUUAUCUUUUGAUAGCUGACUGCAUAUACCACAAACAGAGGAUAAUAUUUAUAAAAAUAUAUAUCGCAUACGACAUAUUAACAAAAAAUAUUGAAAGGUAAUAUGAGUAAUUAGUCUCUUGGGCGUUUGUUGCUGUCACUCUAAGGUUGUGUUGGUGGCGCUGCGUCACCGUUGUAACCAGAUGAACCCGAUCCAGUGUCACAGUCAGGGUAUGGAGUCUAAGUGGUGUAGCUAGCCGGGACAUGUCUGAGUAGAAACCUGCAAUAUUUUCCAACGCGUACAGCAUUACAUCCCCGUGGUGAAGAUGGGACAGUGUGGCAUCACGUCAUCUAAGACGGUCCUGGUCUUUCUGAACCUGAUUUUUUGGGCCGCUGCUGGUAUCCUGUGCUAUGUUGGGGCAUAUGUCUUCAUUACAUACGAUGACUACGAUCACUUCUUUGAAGACAUCUACACUCUCGUCCCAGCAGUGACCAUUAUCGCAGUUGGAGCUCUCCUUUUCAUUAUUGGGCUGAUUGGGUGCUGUGCGACAGUGAGGGAGAGCUACUGUGGACUGAGAACGUUUGUCGUCAUUCUCCUGCUGGUUUUCAUGACAGAAGUGGCAGUGGUGGUUCUUGGAUACGUUUACAGAGCAAAGGUGGAAGAUGAAGUUAAUAGUUCCAUCAAGAAAGUGUAUGAUGAGUACAACGGCACCAACAGCAAUGCCCAGAGUCGUGCCAUUGACUACAUUCAGAGACAGCUUCAGUGUUGUGGGAUCCACAAUUACUCAGACUGGCAAUAUACACAUUGGUACCAGGAAUCCAAAAACAACAGCGUUCCCAUCAGCUGUUGCAAAAAUAACAUUGGAAGUUGCACGGGGUCCCUCACUCAUCCUGAAGAUCUCUAUCAAGAAGGUUGUGAGGCUUUGGUUGUGAAGAAGCUGAAGGAGAUCAUGAUGUAUGUCAUCUGGACUGCGCUGACAUUUGCUGCCAUCCAGGUGCUGGGGAUGUUGUGUGCAUGUGUUGUGCUGUGCCGCAGAGGCAGAGAUCCUCCCUAUGAGCCGCUCAUUACAGGGGGCACCUACGCAUAGAGGAGAACACACGGCUCACCGUUACGCACACUUCACUUUACUUGUGUCAUUGGUGAGAGAAUGAAGAUAAUCUAUUAUCACUCUAACCUUAAAUCACUAACCACACUGAAGUUAUGUGUUUUACCUGUUUUUCCCCGCAAGAGCUGCUGACCAAAUCCUUUAGUGGUCAAUGUAAAUGAGGGCAUGAGGAAGCAAAACCUCAUUCUUACCAAACUCAGACCUUGUUAGUCACAUAUGGAGUGAAAUGUGGACAGGGUAAUUUCCUCAUAUCUUAGUUUGCACUAUGUGUAUUGCUUUCAAUAUUUUAUAUUUAAAUCUGUCAUAUACUUGAAUGAAAGACCGUAUAUAUUUACCCUGUGCCCCCACUACUACUAUUACUACUACUACUACUAACUGUUACCACUAUUCUAUUUCUACAGUCAUGAUUACAGCUCAGUUUUGGUUAAAACCUCACAUUUCACCAAUGUGUUCUCUUAAGCAAUACUGGGCACCACAGCCCUAACUGUGUAAUUUAACUGAUUUUUGCUUUCUUUGAAGAAUCAACCCUUGUAACCCACUUCCGUAUGUUUGUGAUUGUUCAAGUGGUAAUGCAUUCUUAAGUCUACAUAGACUUUGACCUCUAGCUGUUUGUUUUUGUCCCAACAGUCUACUGAUUGUGGUUUUAGACUUGGAUUUGCUGAUAUGUAGCAAGAUUGACUCAAGAUUGUAAAUAAACUGUGGGAGAAGUUUGAA